AUGGCCCCUAAAAAACUAUCAGGUGCACAAAAUCAAAAAAGAAAAAAGAAUAUCGAGUUAGAAAAUAAAUUGUUAGCCACUCAAUGGAAAAAAUGGAUAAAUAAAUCAAAUCAAAGAAAUUCUUCAUCUAAUUCGACUAUUAAUUGUAAUGAGAAUAAUAGUAAUGAAGUUAUAGAGGAAAUUGUGUGUAAUGAAUUAUUAGAAAAUUCCGAUGAAUCGAUUUCUGAAAAUAAAAUAUUAAAAAAAACUGAAAUACUUGAUGCCUGCAAUGUGGAGAUUGAAAAAAAUAUUAAAAAUGAAUCUCAAGUUACCGAAGAAAUAUUCGAAAUUGAUUUUAAUGAUCCCUCUUCUUGGCCACCAAUUACUGGUAAAAUUCGUACAUUAUUGAUGAACCAUGGUCCCGAGACGGGUAAAAACUCUGAUUUUUAUUUUUCUGAAAAUGUAACUAACAAUAGGCGAUUUACAAUAAAUUGGUUCACUAAAAUGUUACCAAAUGGUGAACAAGUUGAGCGUUCAUGGCUAUUGUACAGCGAUAAAACUAAAUGUGUCUAUUGCUUUCCAUGUAUGCUUUUCGCAAACAAAACAAUGACUUCUCCAUCAAUAAUAGAUCCACAACAAGGAUUUAAUAAUUGGAAAAAGUUAAAUCCUAAAAUACCUGACCAUGAGAAUAGUAAUGAACACCGUACAAAUAUGUUUAAAUGGGCCGAUUUCAAAAGUAAUUUAAAUAAAAAUAAUACGAUUGACUGUGCACUGCAAUUAGAAAUUAAUAAUGAAAAGGAAAAAUGGAAACAUAUUUUGAAAGUUCUGAUUGACUGUGUUAGAUUUUGUUGCGUAAAUAAUUUAGCUUUGAGAGGAUCUAAUUGUGAUAUAGGAAAACCUGGCUGUGGAAUAUUCUUAAAUUUAAUUGGUCUAAUUAGCAAAUAUGAUUCUGUUUUAUCAAGUCACUUAAAACAUAAGGGGCAAAUCACAUAUUUAUCAAAUAAAAUCCAAAAUGAAUUUAUAAAUUUACUCGGUUCAAAAGUACGAAAUGAAAUCAUUCAGAGGAUAAAAAAUUCAAAAUACUUUUCUAUUAUUUUUGAUUCCACCCCGGAUGUUUCUCGUGAAGAUCAACUCUGUGAAAUUAUAAGAUAUGUUAGAGAAGUUAAUAACGAGUUUGUCAUUGAAGAAAGUUUCGUAGAUUUUAUUUAUACCAAUGAAAAGACUGAACUUGGAAUAGCUUCUGAUGUAUUACAAAAGUUGGAGAAAUAUGGACUUAGUUUUAAGAAUUGUCGUGGACAGGGCUGGUAUUGCGUCAAAAUGUCGCGGUAA